CGCGUAAUCCAUCUCUCCUCAACUCCCCUUUCGUGCACUCCUUUGAUGGUUACGGCGAGCUUUGGGAGCAUCCACUGGAGUUUACCGGAUUUUUUCAUACCUCUGGACGCCACCGCAACGACCGGUGUUUCAACCGGCUGCCACUCAUGAAAUGAUGCGAUUCGGAGAGACCCACUGCGUUUCUACGCGCAAGACGCGUCGCCCGAGCAAGCUCCAAGCUAUGGUGCUCUUCUCGCAUCUUGGAUAGAAGCAAUGUCGCUGUUGCUUCUGGAUACGUUCUAUGUUCAAUGGUGUUUGAACCUGACACGCAAAAAGAACGUUGGAUUCGCACCGUGACGUUCAGGAGGCUCCUUUUUUUUCUUUCUUUUUUUCGGCCAUCGCCAUCGCCACUAACAGUUUGCACACGCUGCUGCAAGAAGCGAGCGCCCGGUGCCUCUUUCGAUUGUAUGUUAAAAUCAACCUUCAGCAUCAGUGUUUAUGGAAAUCACGUGGUUAUUGCCAACUACACGGCUCCGACGAAGUACGAUAUCGUCGCCGACGCUUCAUCUUCUUAAGAGUUGGAUCUUACCAUAAUGCUAGCGUCAUCGAUGUGCGGAAAACUACCGCUAGGGUAACAACUACUAUCAAACAGAAUGUCGGCUAACGGUACCGCCGCACGGCGUCAGCGUUUGGCAGCUGCCAGGAAUAUUUUCAUGUUACAUGACACAAUCACGAUAAUUCACUGGCACUCGCGAUAGCAAUUGAGUAUAGCCGCGGACGAGCGUCUUAGGAGAGGAGAUAGGGAUGGCAAGGGUCGGGGUUCGUCGAGAACGUGUGCGCUCGGAUGUCUCACUUGCUAGGGCCAACCUGCGUGAAACCGAAGGUGUAAGGCGAGGUGGGUACUGUACAUGGCACUGAAAUUCUAGCGUGGUUGCGUAAGAUCAACUAGAAGGAAGACAGGAAUGAAACUGCGGAUGUAAAAAUGGGGUGUGCAUUGCAUUUGAGCAGAGAGAGUUGUGUAUCCUCGUGCUUUCAAUAUGGUUGCUGUAGUACCCUAGAAUGAUGACGCGCUGAAGCUGUUGAGGCCACCAAA